AUACAUGCACAUGGCCCACAUUCGGACUAGAAACUUUCUGCACCAUUUAGUUCCACUUCUACCAUCGAUACGGCUUCUCGACAUUCAUUAAUCCUUCAACUCUACGCGCACCUAGAUAGCAAAUUUCCUGAUUACUUCCAGGUCAUAUCACAGGCUUACCACCCGUCUUAGCAAUGACUCAAGCGUUCAUUCAUGAUCCGGACGAGCAUUUCGAACGUGAUGUAGACUUUGUUUUUGAGGGUUGGUCCUACAACAACUGCCCGACCUACGAUGGACAUAUCACCAUCGACGUUUGGCGAUGGUUGGAAACACUGUCGUUCACGCUGGAAAUCAGAGUGGCCCAUCCUGACAUAUGGCACUUGGUAGGCUUCCGCUUAAUCAAAGGACACGCGCUCCAUGUUUUAAAUGAAGCACUAGAGUCCGGAAAUGAGCCAAGAGAUUGGGAUAGUUUUUGCCAGUGGGCCCAGAGUCUCAACCACCUCGCUCCGCACGUCGUCAAUGCUUAUAACAGGUGCAUGGUUGCCGAUGAUUACGAGAAGCUACGUCAACGAGAUAACGAGACCGCCAAAGAAUUCUGCGAAAGGUUUUCUCACUGGCAACUUAAAGCUGGUUAUCAUCGAUACACAUACGAGCCUCGAACUGCCUUUGUUGACCGAUUGAAUAACGACUUGCGCCCGAGGGUUUGUAGUCGGAUAACUGAUAUGAAGCUUCAAGGCCUGCCCAUCUCAUUUCCGACCGUGGUCCAUGCCGCCUUCAACGAGGACGCAUGCGAUUGAAUCCGUCGUACCCGGGCCCGAUGGACGACAACGAAAAGAGAACAGACGAACCGCAAGCAACGUUACACCUUCAAAAACACUCAAGCUACAAACUUACAGAAAAUUCAAGAACUAGAGAAAAUUCAAAUGAAACACCCUUCCCUAUCAUAAUCAAUCAUAUCAAUUUUGUUGCCUAAACAAUGCGGACAAAACCUCGGUCAACCCUUGCUCUAUAAAACGAGCACAUGCGCUUACACUUGCAAAAAAGGAGAGACUUCAAUCCACUUCUACCUGGAAUAAGGACCUUAUUCACUGUCUUCCAUUCAAUUCAAAACCACCGGCUGUUGGGCUUGCUGAGAUGACACAAUAUGCAACUUGAAGAGGAUCCAAAGGCAUAAAUAUUUGAUGGGUUUUGGCUGUUUGUGGUGCAAUCUUCCACUUCUCCAAAAC